AUGAGAUGGCCUGGAAAAGGAAGUCUCAGAAAGGAUGAUAAAACUUUUUUUUAUAGUGGAAAUAGAGAUGGAAAGUUCGAAAACAGAGUAGGAUUUGUAGUAAGCGAGAAUAUAUCACCAUAUGUUAAAGAUUUCCAGGCAAUAAAUAAGCGUAUGUGCUACAUACGGAUAAUUAGACGCAUAUUUAAUCUAAUAAUUAUAAAUUGUCACGCACCAACUGAAGACAAGGGAGAUGAUAUCAAAGAAGAUUUUUAGGAAGAACUUGACAGGAUAUGUGAUAUAACAUCUAAUUAUUCUGUUAAAAUAGUUCUUGGGGACUUCAAUGCGGAAGUAGGUAAGGAGGAGGUAUAUAGACCAACGAUUGGCAGAGAUAGUCUCCAUGACACAAGCAACGACAAUGGUACCCGUCUAAUUAAUUUCUGCAUGACAAAUGGAAUGGUCUUAAGUAGUACAUAUUUCCCUAGAAAGGAUAUCCAUAAACAGACAUGGGUAGCUCCAAACCAAGUGGUAAAAAAUCAAAUAGAUCAUAUAAUGAUUCAAAAUAGACACAAAGGAUGUAUAAAAAACAUUAGAACCUUUAGGGGUGCUGAUGUAGAUUUGAUCAUUAUUUAGUCAUUGCAAAAUUUAUGACUAGACUAUCGAUGCAUUUGAGAGAAAAUAAAGGAAAUCUAUUAAAAAAAUUUUGUACUGAAAAGUUCGCGGAAGAACGUGUCUCGAAUGAAUUCGCUCAUACAACGCACCGUGAAAUGCUAAGGCUAAAUAAUGAAAAUAAUGAUGAGAAUAUAGAACAUAUAUGGAAAAAAAUAAAGACGACAGUGAUAAAUAGUGCAAAAAACUGCCUAGGAGUAAGAAAAAAUAGUAAAAAGAAAAACUGGUUUAAUGAAAAAUGUAAAGAAAUCGUAGACAGAAGUAAUAAACUAAGAGAAAAAGCUUUAAGAAAUCCGACAGAUGAAAAUUUAGAGCGAUACAAUGCGAGCAAAAUAGAAACUAACAAAACGCUCAGGAAAGAAAAAAGACAAGAAGAAAAGAGAAAAAUUGAAGAAAUUGAAAAGAACAGAUUCAACUCCAAAAAAUUCUUUAGCAAUAGUAAAGAUGUCAAACAGGGAUAUAAACAACAAACUAGGAUGGUAAGAAAUCAGACAGGAGACUUAUUAACAAAUGAAAAGGAUAUAGCAGAAGAGUUUAAAAACUACUAUAAAAUGUUGCUUAAUAAAACAGCUUCUAGACCAUCUGAUGCGACCUACAUACAAUAUAGUACGGCAGAGCCAAGUAUUAGUAAUCCCUUGAGAAUCGAAAUCAACUGGAGUAUAAAUAAACUUAAGAAUAAUAAGGCUCCAGGAGAAAGCAAUGUAGUAGCAGAAUUAUUAAAAAAUAGUGGAGAAACUCUGAAAAACGAAAUAUGGAAAAUGAUCAAUCUUAUUUGGGAAAAAGAAAUAAUUCCUGAAGAGUGGAAUUUGUCGAUAUUAUGCCCAGUUUUUAAAAAAGGAGAUAUACUGGACAUAAAAAACUAUAGAGAAAUUUCUUUAUUAGAUACAUGCUAUAAGGUAUUAUCUACAGUUCUCUUAGAACGGAUAACUCCAUACGCUGAAGAGAUUAUAGGACGGUACCAAUGUGGAUUUAGAAAAGGUAGGUCAACUGCAGAUCAAAUAUUUAUCUUGAGACAAGUAAUGGAGAAACAUUAUGAAUUCGACAAAGACCUAUACAUGGUAUUCGUCGACUAUAAACAGGCGUACGAUCGUAUAAAUAGGGAAGAGUUAUGGAACACAUUGACCUACUUCGAUAUAUCGAAAAUAUAUAUUAGUAUGGUAAAACUGUGUAAUAAGAAAACAGCAUGCAAAGUGAAAUUUCUGGGAGAAUCAUCAUCAGCCUUUGAAGUAAAAUCGGGCCUACGGCAAAGAGAUGCCUUAUCCCCAACCCUAUUCAAUUUAGGUCUCGAAAAGGUGAUUCGAGAAAUAAAUCAUAGUCAUCAAGUUGAGGUGGUAAAUAAAGAAAUAAUAUUGGCGUAUGCAGAUGAUAUUGUCAUUUUAGGAAACUCAAGACAAGAUAUCACCCAGACAAUGUCUAACCUUGUGACGGCCAGUAAAAGAAUGGGACUUUGUAUUAACGAAGAAAAAACAAAAUGUAUGGUACUUUCCAGGAGAAGAGAAAAUCAGCCUAAUCUAUAA